AUGGCUUACCUUCUCGAUGUUGCCAUCCUCAUCGGGGAUGCCGAACUGGCGAGAUGCUGCGCCCAGCACUGCACCCGUUGGCCGCUAAGGCGCUGGAGAGGCGAGGAGCUUGUGAGGAUCAUGGAAGAUAACCUCCAGCUUCGAGCAGAGAUUCGGGAGAAGGACGUCUUGCUUGCCGCUCUGGCCGGCGGCCUGGAGCUCGAGCAUCUGAACAGUUUUUCGUGGGCGAGCGAAGUGUCCCUGGCGGAAGCCAUCGUACGUUCCGCAGACGCUGAGCUCUGGCACCGAGUCCAAGGCCUUCAACUGCAGCUCGGGCCCUGGCCAGCGCAUGAAGAUUACAACUACAUGGCCGAGUUUUUCGUGGAGUGCUCCGGCGGCCAAGUCAGGCUGAGCUGGGAGCGCCUGCAUCGGGCCAAGAAGGCCGGCCUCGCACUGAGCUCGUCUCGGGCGCGGGCUGCUUCCUGCCGCUGCCAGCGAUGUGGCAGCAGUCCGUGGUGGUUCCUGUUCUCCUUGCUGGACGUGGCGAUCCUCUUUGGGCAGAGCGACUGUGCCCGACUCUGUGGGCCGAUGGACAUUGAGGCGACAGAGGAUACGCUGAAGGCGAGCCUUGAAGCGACGCCUCUGGUGUGGGAGGACGAACGUGUGUGCGAAUUCUGUGGCUUCUGUGGAUGGACCUCGUUUCAAAUUCGAAUUACAGAUCUGUGGGCCGAGAGCAUCGCAUCGCUCCCGGAGCGCCAGGCGGCAGCAGCCGAGGCCCUUCGCACGGCGCUGCAGGCGUCCGUCCGACGCGCCGCAAGCUCUGCAGGCUUCGGGCUCUUCCAGGCCAUGCGAUCCUGGGCUCGCGGGGAGUCGGUGCCAACGGCUGUGGUGGAGUUGGUGCUGGCUUUCGCUGCAAAUCCACCCUCACUUCUGCAGGCGCUCCAAGGGCGCGAGGGGGAGCUGCUACCGGGCCAACUGACGAAUAGCUAG